CCUUAAACACUCAGCCAUCUUACAUAUAAAGUGAAGAUUAUUCCGGAUAAAAAAUAUUGUUUUUCAUUAUUAACACGCAGCAGGCCUGUAUCUCAACGAAAAAUAAUAGCUGACAUGCAGCAUGUCAAAUUGAUAAACAUGUUAGAGCUCUGACACAAUCACUAUCAACUAAAAAGAACAACUAUGGAUCCUAAUCCUAGUGCCCAGGAUUUGCACCGGUGUGACCUUUGUGAGACGACCGUUGUACACAGCUACUGUGACUUUUGUCAUGUCAACCUAUGCAAGCCCUGUAUACUGGAUCAUAUCUUAGAUGGAUAUGACAAACAUAAAAUAGUCCCUUUCCAGGAUCGAAGAUCAACCCUCAUUUAUCCGAAAUGUGAAACACAUCCAAACAAGACUUGUGAUUUGCAUUGUAAGGAUUGCGAUAAUUAUGUUUGUUCUUCUUGUAUGGCAUCUGAUCAACACAAGGGGCAUAGCUUUGCAGAAGUUUCAGAAGUUUAUAAUACAAAGAAAGUCAUUAUUAAGGAUGCAGAAGAGUUAAAAAUCCGUAUUUCACCUUUACAUGAAGAAAUUGCCCUCGAUUUGGAAAAUCAACUUGCCAACUUGGACGGAGGAUAUGAAAUACUUACAACAGAAAUGUCCAAACAAGGAGAACAAUGGCACAGAGAAAUCGACCUCGUUAUCAACAAGAUGAAAACCGAAAUUUGCGACAUAAAAAGGAAACACAAAGACAUUUUACAGAAACACCUGGAUGAAGUCAAACAAAUACAGUCUCUCAUCAAGCAAACCCUACUGGCCUUAAAAGAAAUUGAGAAAUCCGCUGAAGUAUCUGCUACCAUUCAAUAUACCUCUAAGAUCAGAGAGUUUAGUAAGCCUCCACUGAAGGUUCAGAUAUCUCUACCAAAAUUUAUUUCAAAACCAAUAGAUCGUGAGAAGCUGUAUAGUUUGUUUGGACAUAUCACCCCAUUAUCUACUGCAAGAGAGGAAAAUUCCUUGUCACUAAACGAACCCAACAUUUCAGUCAUUGAACUACUAGAUGAACCAGAGCUUUUGACCACAAUACAGACUGGUUAUAUAUAUCAACGCAGUGUCACAUGCUUGAAUGAAGACAAGAUAUGGACGUUUAAAUUGACAAAUGAUAUUAAGUGCUUUAAUAGAAAAGGAUCAAUAAUCGAAAUAAUCAAGACAAAAUCAGGAGAGGAUAUUACAGAUAUAGCUGUAGACAAUGAUGGUGAUUUAUUGUACUCUGAUAGGAAAACAAUGACGGUGAAAAAAGUGAAUAAUGGUCAGACAGAGGAGUUGAUCAGAUUACAUGGAUGGACGCCUAAUCAGCUGUGUGUCACCUCUACUGGUGAUCUCCUGGUAACAAUGUACAGUAAUGAUAGAACUCAAUCCAAAGUUGUCCGUUACUCAGGAUCUACAGAGAAACAUACAAUUCAAUUUGAUGGUACAGGUAAGCCUUUGUACUCAGGAAAUGGUGCAAUGAAAUACAUCGCUGAGAACAGAAACCAUGACAUCUGUGUAGCUGACUGGUAUGCUAGUGCUGUAGUGGUGGUAAAUCAGGACGGUAGACUCAGAUGGAGGUACACGGGCCAUCCCUCAGUUACCAAGAACAAACCAUUUAAACCCUACGGCAUCACAACAGACAGUCAGAGUUGUAUCCUGAUAGCCGACUUUGACAAGCAUUGUAUCCACCUUCUGGAUCAGAAUGGACAGUUUCUCCGUUACAUUAAAAACUGUGAUCUAAAGAAUCCUUUUGGAGUAUGUGUGGACAAUGAUGACAAUCUGUUUGUGUGCGAGCAUUACAGUGGCAAUGUGAAGAAAAUCCAAUAUCUAAAAUAGACACUUAUUAUGUAAACACAGUAAUGGAAAUUAUUUUUUUCUUCAAGACUGACAUUUUCAAUGUGUAUAAUUAUUGAAAUAUUUCAUAUAAUACAUGAAAUUCUUUACUUGUUUACUUACACUGAUUUCGUUCCUUUUAUAUUUAUCAUAUUAUUUUGUAUCAUAAAAAUGGAUUUGUGUGCCCUAUGAAUUACCACAUUAACAUCCUGUUGAGGGAUAAUAUAAUGCCUUUGAACUGACCUUACUAAAUGUCUUAGAAAAUACCGGUAUGGUAAAAUUUAAAUGAUACUAUCAAUUAUUUGUAUUGUGUAUGUUCAGUUAUCAUGUGGUAUUAAGGUGGAAUACCACAUCAUCACAAAAUUGCGGACCUCUCAUCGAAACGACAUUUGGCUUUAUUAAAAGGAUUUUAUCGAUGACAACAUGUAACUUAUUCCGCAGCCGAGUGGAUAAAGUGUCGGGCUUGUGAUCCGUACAUCCAGAGAUCGAAUCCCGCAGUGGAUUUUGUUGUAACCUACUAAAUUGAAUCUUUCAGAUAUUCAUUUUUUAUCCCCAAACUGCAAAUUUUUCGCUUAUUUGACAUAUGUACAGUUUAUUUAUCAUCAUAUCUUUUAUAAUCAAAUAAUUUACUGUUAAUUUUAUAGACUUUUUCCAGGUGUGUUAUUCCUCUUAAAGGAUUUUUUUUUUCAACUAAUGUAAAAACACUACUUCCUUGCAAAAACAUAGUGCGUUGUAUGUCUGCUUAGGUUAUCUUUGUGGUAUCCAAAUUUAUAAGUUUGGUAAUAAGUUCAUUUUUUUUUAAAUUUGGUUCAUUUCUCGAACAAAAUACAAGUUAAGCUAAACCCCAAUAAAAUAAUAAUUACUACAUGAUGAGAUGAGACCAAGUGUGCUUUUGCAGCUAUAAUAAAUAUUGAUGAAAAAUGAUUUUC